AUGCCGGUGUGGCUGCGGGAGCACAGCUGGCGCCAGAGCCUCACCGCCGUGUACCUCUCGCUGCCCCUGCGCGGCGCCCGGGCCACCGCCGCCAACAUCUUCUGCAGCGAGCAGUACCUGAAGGUAAGCAUCCCUCCCUUUUUGUUUGAAGCCAUUUUAUAUGCGCCUAUUGAUGACACAAACAGCACAGCAAAGAUUGGAAAUGGAAACAUUUUCUUCACUUUGUAUAAAAAAGAACCAGCCAUGUGGGAUUCCCUAACUCUAGCAAAUGCUGACAAGGAGAAACUACAACAUCUGAGAGAGAAUGCUGUUCUAGAAGCCCAAGAAAAGGCAAAAGAGGAGACAAAAGCAAAAAAAAUUACAAAACAGGAAAACAAAAAAUAUGCUUUGGAGGCUACAAUGAAGCUAGAGGAAGCAGAAAGAAAAAGAAUUGAAGAUUUAAAAGAAAAGGAGCGGCAGAAGGUCACUAAAGAGUUGGAGUUAUGGAAAAACCAACAAAAAGAUGGUGAUAAAUACAAGAGCAUACAAGCAAAAGAGGAAUUACAUCCAGAAAAAGAGCCAUUAAAAGAGAGAAAAAAUGAAAAAAUGAACAAAACUCAGAUUCCUAAUGAAGGAAGUUCUAAGACAAGACUCAAAUCCACAAGAGGUCGUGGCUCCUGUAGUAUAUUUUCACAGGAUUUAAAGGAAGAACAGUUACCAGCUCCCCGAGCUGCUGCUACAAUUAAAGUCAACUUUACACCACGAGUUUUUCCCACAGCUCUGCGAGAAUCUCGUGUUGCAGAGGAGGAGGAGUGGCUGCAUAAACAAGCAGAAGCUCGAAGAAUAAUAAAUUCUGAUUUAUCUGAGCUGGAAGAUUUAAAGGAAGAGGAGAAGAAUCCAGAUUGGUUAAAGGACAAAGGAAACAAAAUGUUUGCAAUGGGAGACUACCUUGGGGCUGUGAAUGCCUAUAACCUUGCAGUGAGGCUGAACAAUAAACUCCCCGUCCUGUACCUGAACCGUGCUGCUUGCCACCUUAAACUGAGAAAUUUGCACAAAGCUAUCGAAGAUUCCUCCAAGGCUCUGGAACUGUUGACACCACCUGUUCCUGAUAAUGAGAACGCUCGAGUGAAAGCCCACGUGAGACGUGGAACAGCGUUUUGUCAGCUGGAAUUGUACACUGAAGGCCUCCAGGAUUAUGAAGCAGCUCUCAAGAUUGAUCCUAAAAAUAAAAUUAUAGAGAAGGAUGCUGAGAAGAUUCGACAACUAAUUCAAGGAACAAUGCAAAGUUCUUAAUUAAAAAAGUAUAAAAAAGAAACUUUGAUGCCUUUGAGGACAUCAGAAGGAAUCUUAUUUCUCUUCAGUGUGUGUUACCUAGACAUUUUUCUGCUUCACUUGGAACACUUACAAAAUUGGUAAAAGAUUGGAUAUAUUAUUGGAAAGUACAGUAUUUUAAGCAUGAUAAGAUAUAUUUUCUAUAAUUUUGAUACAAAGUUGUUGUAUUUUUGCUUUUUGUUAGCAUUCUGUAUUACUCUGACAAUCUGAAACCCUGGACUUGAAGUGGCUCCUUUUUGUUAAGUGUUCAUUCUGAACUGGGGCCAUUUCAAUUACACUUCUUUGAGUAGCAGUUCUGGCAGACUUCUGAAUUUUCUGCAUCAGUCUCUUUCCUGAAUACCAUUUAUGACUUAUUUCUGUCUUUAUAAUAAAGUAUUUAUCAUGCAGAUAUAUAUUAUUGUGUGCAAAUGUUACAGUGUUGUACCAGGGAGAAGGUGGCAGGCAUUGUUUCCAGCUGUUUUACUUAGAGCCUUGAGAGGAGUGCUGAGGUGAGUCAGAAAUGUCUGGUACAGAAAACUGCUGCAUUGCCCUGCAAGGGGCUGAAAACACUUUUUAUAACAGCUGGAAGGAGGGCAGUGCAGCAGUUUGAGUGCCUCUAUUGGCUGUAAUGCUAUACUUACAGAUAUUGCUGUUUUCUUUUUAUAAUUACUGAGGGGAAGUGAGGGCUAAGGAGCAGAGACGGGAGAACAACAGGAGAAAGAUCAUCUUAGUCAGCCCUUCAGCUAACAGGGCAAAGCAUUUCAGAUUUGUUAACUGUUUUUGUCAGAGCAAACAUUGCUCAAGAUGUAUAUUGAAACACAUGCAUGGUGGAGAGUGAGGAACUUAACAUUUUGACCUUAUUUAGUAAACUGUGGACAGUGGUAAUUUGACUCAUAAUGACUAUGGAAGAUAGUAAAAUUUGAGAUUGAUGUAAAUUUCUGCAUUAGUGAUAAUCUUGAGCAUAGGAAAUAUCU